UCUCUCAGUUUUUUAGAAAACUCCAACCAACUCAUCCACUGGCUUUUUGAGAUAGUGAUAAGCUGGAUAGCUUGUAUUUAUAUCCUUGAGGUCCACCCUCCCCUCUCUCUACAUUUAUGUUCAGCUGCAUUUAGCUGAAAUCAAGAGAGAAUGCAGAACUCAAAGUCUUGUUCUUCCUUUCAAAGUCUAGAUGAUGAGUCUGAGGACAUCACACGCUUUGAAAAGUCUCUCCAGGAACUUAGAGAGUUACGUUCUCAGCUUCAUUAUGCUGCCGAUUACAGUGAAACCACUUUCUUGAAUGCUAAAGAGAAGAAAGUUGUGAUGGAAAACACAAAAGAGUACAUAUGCAGGGCUGUUGUUACUGUUGUUGACCACCUUGGAAGCGCCUCUGCCAACCUUGAUUGUCGCAUUUCUCAGACUAAUGCAUUUUCCAAGGCUGAGUUUCGAAUCAAUUGCCUAAAGCAAAGACUUCUCUUAUGUGAACAAUAUGCUCACAAGCUUGCUCUAACUAAACUACGGUGGAGUGAGAAUUUGACAAGAUAUUCUCGAUGUUAUUUAUCAAUGCAAAAUGAAAAUGUUGAGAAAUCAAAUGAAGGUUCAAGGGAUAUCGUUGAUCAAACUAACAGCAAAAUGAUAGAUAAACAUGAACUUAACAGUGAAGAGGACGUGCCACUUUUCUUGUACACAAACACACAGAGGCCAUCUCUUGAGAAAGAGACUACCAACUCAUCAUUAGUAUUGCCUGUUCACGAUGGUUUGUCAGUAUUGUCAAAAGGUUCAAAUCCUACGUUUCAUUUCCAGGGUACUCAAACAAUUGGACGUCAUAGAAAGUCAGCGCCGGGUGGUGACAUCUUGUCCCUCAUACGGAGAAUUAAACGAACAGCAUGAAUCAUAAGGGUCUGCAUGUUUUUCUUUUGCCUUCCGGUAAUGGCAUUUUAGUAUUGGAGGAAUGCCUUAUUUAGCAGACUGCAAAUGUAUGAAGUCACUCUGUUGGGAGUUCAUCACAGAAUUAGGACCAUGAGAACACAAAUGCCAUAGAAUUUGAACCAAAUUAGGAAUUUCUAUUUGUUAUGACUGCUCCUAAAGCUAAGGAUAUGUUCCUUUCUGAGAAUUUUUACUGCUGAAAGUUGUUGAUUAUGAGUGUAGAAUAAUGGUUUUGAAGAC